GUUUUCCUCCCCCACGCUCAGGAUUGUGGGAUUGAAAUGGCUGCUCCCUCACUGUAAACAUAUGCGUUGUGUUUACGAAUGCCGAUGGUUACAUAUUUACCAGUGACAGCCACGGGUCCGUCAUUUACUGCAAUACAUAUCCCAUCUUAAACUCUUGUGAUCCAUGUGAUCGUUGCUACAUUAAACAUCUAAAGCAGCACGCGGGAGCUCAGCGCAGUUUGCCGCGCGGCCUUGUCCUCGCAGAAGCGGGUAGCUCGCGGGGUGGCUAACGCUAGCUGCUCUCUGAGACGAUGGAUGACGAUGUGUCCAUGCAUAGACUGGAAGGGAGCGAUCCAUCUUCUCAAGUUGGUGGACUGAUAGUGAAGAAGAAGAGCGACGCCGCAGAGCCCCAUGUCUUUCGCGCACCCACUCCACGCACGUCCUUGCUAGGUUUGGAUCUACUUGCUGCCCAGAAAAGGAAGGAGCGUGAGAACAGGGAACAGAGUGAUACUGGUACUGGUGGAGAUGCCAGACAGAACAAGAAGUCCAAGGUUUCCUCCUACAAGGACUGGGAGGAAGGUAAAAGUGACUCUGGGUCUGAUGAAGAAGAUGAAGAUAAGAACAAAGGCGCUAAGAAGGAGAGCAGGAAAUAUCGUGUGACUGGCUCCGAGACACCCUCAAACCCCGGAGGGGUCAGUGAAGAGUUCCGACGCAGACACCAGCAGAGGGAGAAAGACAGACGUGAACAUGGAGUCUAUGCCUCCUCCAAAGAGGACAAAAACCGAGAACGAGACAGAGAGAGGAGCAGAGAUAAAGGCAGAGACCGGAGGAGUGAAAGAGAAGAGAGAGAGAGCAGCCACGGACGUGGCAGCAGCAGCAGCCGCUCGGAGCGGUCAGAGCGCGGCGAGAGGAGCGAGCGCUCGCAGAGAGAUGGCUGGUCCGAACGCAUCAGUCGGGGGAAUAAGAGAGAUGAACCCCUGACACCACAACAUCGCCCCAGAGAUUCUUUCACACCCUCACGCUCCAACUGGGAGGAGGAUGAUAGUGGUUAUGGCAGUGCACGGCAUUCCCAGUGGGAGUCUCCCUCCCCUGCCCCGUCUAACAGAGAGUCGGAUCGCUCAGAGCGAAGCCAUCGCUCCAGCAGAGAGAGUGAGAGGAGGGACAGGUCAGUCAGAGGUCGUUAUCCUGAUGACACACCCCUGCCUACACCGUCAUACAAGUACAACGAGUGGGCCAAUGACAGAAAGCAUCUGGGUUCAACACCUCGUUUAUCCCAAGGAAAAGGUAGGAAAGAAGAUGGUGAGGGAGGCAUUAUGUUUGACGAUGAGGACGAGAAAGAACAGUGGCAGGAGGACCAGAAGCAAGCGGACAGGGAUUGGUACAUGAUGGAUGAAGGCUAUGAUGAGUUUCACAACCCGUUCACUUCCACCUCUGAUGAAUAUGUGAAGAAGAGAGAGCAGAUCCUUCAGAAACAGACUCAAAAAAGAAUAUCGGCCCAGAAGCGACAGAUCAACGAGGAUAAUGAGCGGUGGGAGACCAACCGGAUGCUGACCAGUGGUGUGGUGCAGAGGCUGGAGGUGGAUGAAGACUUUGAGGAGGACAAUGCUGCUAAGGUUCACCUGCUGGUUCACAAUCUGGUUCCUCCCUUUCUUGAUGGAAGAAUAGUCUUCACCAAGCAGCCAGAGCCUGUCAUCCCUGUGAAAGAUGCUACCUCUGACAUGGCCAUCAUCUCUCGCAAAGGCAGCCAGCUUGUCCGCAAACAUCGCGAGCAGAAGGAACGCAAGAAGGCACAGCACAAACACUGGGAAUUGGCAGGCACCAAGCUAGGGGAUAUAAUGGGCAUCAAGAAGAAGGAGGAGGAAGACACAUCUGGGGGCAAACCGGUCGGUGAGGACGGCAAAGUAGACUACAGAGCAGAGCAGAAAUUUGCCGACCACAUGAAAGAAAAGUCUGAGGCCACCAGUGAGUUUGCUAAGAAGAAGACCCUUCUGGAACAGAGACAGUACCUACCUAUUUUUGCUGUGAGACAGCAACUUCUUAACAUCAUAAGGGACAACAGCAUUGUGAUUGUCGUUGGGGAAACUGGCAGUGGGAAGACCACCCAGCUGACUCAGUACCUGCAUGAGGAUGGCUACACUAGCUACGGCAUGGUGGGUUGCACUCAGCCUAGAAGAGUGGCAGCCAUGAGCGUGGCCAAGAGAGUCAGCGAGGAGAUUGGCACCAACCUUGGAGAGGAGGUGGGCUAUGCUAUCCGUUUUGAGGACUGCACUUCAGAGAAAACAUUGAUAAAGUACAUGACCGACGGUAUCCUGCUCAGGGAGUCACUAAGGGAGUCGGACCUGGACCACUACAGCGCUGUUAUCAUGGACGAGGCUCACGAACGCUCCCUGAAUACCGAUGUGCUGUUUGGCCUGCUACGUGAGGUUGUAUCUCGACGCACUGAUUUAAAACUCAUAGUUACGUCUGCAACUAUGGACUCAGACAAAUUUGCUGCAUUUUUCGGCAACGUGCCUAUAUUCCACAUUCCAGGAAGAACGUUUCCCGUCGACAUCUUGUUUAGCAAGACUCCUCAGGAGGACUAUGUGGAGGCAGCAGUGAAGCAGGCCCUGCAGAUCCACCUCAGUGGAUUAAUAGGAGACAUCCUCAUCUUUAUGCCCGGACAGGAAGAUAUUGAGGUAACAUCUGAUCAGAUCGUGGAGCGGUUGGAGGACUUGGAGAACGCUCCUGCUCUGGCCGUGCUGCCCAUCUACUCCCAGCUGCCCUCUGACCUCCAGGCCAAGAUUUUCCAGAAGGCUCCAGAUGGUGUGAGGAAAUGCAUUGUUGCAACAAACAUCGCAGAGACCUCCCUCACUGUGGAUGGAAUCAUGUUUGUUGUGGAUUCAGGAUACUGCAAACUUAAGGUUUUCAAUCCUCGCAUUGGAAUGGAUGCUCUACAGGUUUAUCCCAUCAGCCAGGCUAAUGCCAACCAGCGUUCUGGCAGAGCAGGACGUACAGGACCAGGGCAGUGUUACAGGCUCUACACACAGAGCGCUUUUAAGAAUGAGAUGCUGACUACCACCAUACCAGAGAUCCAGAGGACCAACCUGGCCAACGUAGUCCUGUUGUUGAAGUCUCUGGGUGUUCAGGAUCUGCUCCUCUUCCACUUCAUGGAUCCACCACCUGAGGACAACAUGCUCAACUCCAUGUACCAGCUCUGGAUCUUGGGCGCUCUGGACAACACAGGUGCUUUAACACCGACAGGCCGCCUGAUGGUGGAGUUUCCACUCGACCCCGCCCUCUCCAAGAUGCUAAUUGUGUCCUGCGACAUGGGCUGCAGUGCUGACAUCCUCAUCAUCGUCUCCAUGCUGUCUGUGCCGGCCAUCUUCUACAGACCUAAGGGUCGUGAGGAGGAGAGUGACCAGGUGAGGGAGAAGUUCUCUGUUCCAGAGAGCGACCACCUCACCUACCUUAACGUCUACAUGCAGUGGAAGAACAACAAUUACUCCAGUGUCUGGUGCAACGAGCACUUCAUCCACACCAAGGCCAUGCGCAAGGUGCGUGAGGUGCGCUCCCAGUUAAAGGACAUCAUGGUGCAGCAGAGGAUGAACCUGAUUUCUUGUGGGUCAGAUUGGGACAUCAUCAGAAAGUGCAUCUGUGCUGCUUACUUCCACCAAGCUGCCAAGCUCAAGGGCAUCGGUGAAUAUGUGAACGUGAGGACAGGCAUGCCGUGUCACCUCCAUCCUACCAGCUCCCUGUUUGGUAUGGGCUACACUCCUGACUACAUCAUCUACCACGAGCUCGUCAUGACCACCAAGGAGUACAUGCAGUGCGUGACUGCAGUGGACGGAGAGUGGCUGGCAGAACUUGGGCCCAUGUUUUAUAGCAUCAAACAUGCAGGAAAAAGCAGACAGGAGAACCGUCGGCGGGCCAAGGAGGAGAUCAGCAACAUGGAGGAGGAGAUGUCUCUGGCUGAGGAGCAGCUGCGAGCACGUCGAGAGGAACAGGCGAAGAAGAGCAACACAGGCAGUGUUAAAGUGGUGAAAAUCUGCACGCCAGGAAGAAAAGAAGAGGCCCCCAUGACGCCCAGACGCACACCGGCCCGCUUUGGACUGUAGAACGACUCCCUGGAUGUUCAAAUCCACCAACCAACCGCGUUGGCUCCUAUAGACUCGUUACCAUUCAUGUCUAAGACCACACCAGCACAAGCAAACACACUAACUUCCAGCUGCCGUUCGUCCCUCCCAGCAUGGCCAGAAUCAACUGCACUUCAUGUACAGACCACUAGAGUGAGAACUUGUAUAAGGCACAAGACUGGAAGAUGAGCCAGGUCCAACAAAAUGCUUCCCUCAACCAUUAUCAGCCGAUAGCUGUUUCCAUGCAAUGAUUUAGGGAAUAAAGGACUGUUUUUUGUUUUGAAAUAUUUAUAUGUGGUCAUUACUGAAGUGUUUUAACAGAUGUCUCUAGUAUAAUUUUACCUGAGCUAGAAACAUUUAAUUUUCAAUGGCUUGUUACAUUUUUUCAGUUCAGAGUUUCAUCAGAGGAAAACUGCAAAACGGUGAUCUAAUUUCAAUGUUAUUUGUGUUUGUGUCCUUGCGUUUCUUGUACUGUUGUGGCUUGAACAGUGUGUGCCACCAUGAAGUGCUCCUCUACAGACUAAAGCACUAUUCUAACUGUACUUGUGGCAUGAGUGUCUUCAGACUCCAGAGUUGUCCCGUAAUACACACACACACACACACACUCAUGCAGGCUUAGACAAUUGACCUUUUUCUACUUUCUGUUAACCUUGUUCCAACAACGUAAUGUACCACAGCUUUGCUUCAUACAAAACAUCACGCUGGAUUAAACUUCAACUGUUUUAUUUUCAUGGUCCUUGUGUUCGAAAUAGCACACAGCCUCCUUUGUGGUUUUCCUCCAGACAAAAGUGUCUUUUUAAAUGGUUGAAUUUGUUUGUUGAUGUACGCUCUCUACCCUCUCAGUUUAUCAGAAUAUCACACAGCUUCAGAGAGGCUGGUCGAUCUCUAACAAAACAGUUAAGCAAAGGCCAUGUUUGGAUGGUGACAGUGGGUCUGUUUUGUCUUUUCUACAUGGAUCUGAGACAGCAGGAGGACUGCUUAUGGAUAUUUGCUUUCUCUCGACAUCUUUUGUAAAUGGAAAAAAAAUAAAUGUUAGCUAUUUUUUUUAA